AACAAUAAUAACAAGAACGAUAACAGUUACUAUUAUAAUUACAACUAAAGGCACUACUACGAAGAACAAGCAAUUAAGGCAACAAUCACGGGAAUCGGAACAGUUGGAAGGCGUCCAUCUCAGUACUCGUAUUUGAAAAGGUUGUCGUUUUGUGCUAGUUACUGUAGUGGUAACCUUUUUCGUGGUUGGCAUUCCUCCCCUUCCAUCAUACAGUAGACGUGUAUCCGCUCCACCGUAUUCCAUACCCGUGCUUUCCAUUCCCAUCAUUCCAUUCCUUCCAGUAUUCACCUGAUGUGCAACCGGUCCUCCAUAUUCUAUGCCCGACUUCUCCAACGUCAUCAUACCGUUUCCACCUCGGUCUAGUUGACGUAUUUCUGCACCACCGUAUCGUAGACCUGGUAAACUCGUUCCUGUUUCUCAUCCUUACGUCAUCCAAAUUGCCGUUCUGCUGGGGUUCCUCAAUACGCCCUGAUGAGUCUCUAGGAGGGACUCUUGAAGCGGGCAUUGUAACUCUUGAAGUGGGAGUGUUCAUCUGGUCCGCAGUAUACAAAUUCGGCACAUUUUCGUAUCGCCUGCCACUCGGAUCGACGGCAAACUCUCUUAAAGAUCAAAGUAAAAUAGUUGGAGACAGUGUAGGCCUCAUAGUCACUCACAAUCUGCCAGGUGAACUGAUCGUGUCAAUACGAUCAGCUGAUCGAGAUCGUGGUAACGAGAAGUACGGGAUUGGCUCACGAUCCACAAGAGCUCCCGUUGACGACGUCUCGUUACGGAAGUCGAUUAGUGUUUCCUUUGGGAUUUUUCUUGGACUACGAUUGCUGGCUUCACUCGUUAUGGUUGUCUCGGGACGGAUCUCGUAGAAGGAGUGCCGCCCCGUGCUCGGAGUUCCUUUCGGACGAACUACCACAGUUGGAUAGUAUGGAUCGUCGAUUGUAGUCUCACGAGAGGGCUUCGAAGGAGCGCUUAUCUUUCUGUCCGGCUCCGUCGGAUUUCCACCAUUUAGCUCUCCAAAACUACGUUUGUGAGAACGUGUUGACACUUCAUAUACAUACUUUGUUACUGUCUCAGUGCUUAGUUGAGUUGGCUGCUCCCGAGUCCGAUUCUGGGACACGGUACUUGGACCAGACGCCUUUACUCCAUCUGCUGUUGUUUUGCCAUUUGUAGGCUGAGACGGCUUCUUAAGCAGAUUUUCUCUGGAAUCGAUGGAGAUCUUCGAUGUGAGCUUGGGCUCUUCACGAGGCAAAAUCGUCGUUUUUAUGAUUUUACUCGGUAGUACAGGGAAAUCCUUCGUUAAUGAUUCUUUGAGUUUUUCAUUGAAUUGUCGAAUAACGGUAUCCUGGGCAAUCGAAUCGUCGUUGCUUUCAGUUGUUCGUGAAGAAGUGAUUCCGUAUUUGAGACGAGAAAACAGUGCUUCGAAGUUAGCGACGCUCAUACGCCAAUAAUUCCCCCGGAGGUGCUCCUGCAGCGGGUCAUCUUGAGAACGCUGGAAGAUACAGGAAGUGUUCACCUUGUAGACGUCGGCUCUGUCGAGGUUUAACCUUGAAAGUUACCAAUUAUUCAGGCAAGAGGGUAUUGAAAGUGUCGAUUUUAAUAGUUUGUGAGAAAAGGUCAUGCGGCAUUAUAAACUAA